CGGGGCUGUUCAGCUGCGUCCUUGCCGUUGUCGGAGAUACACUUGUCCUUAACAGUAAAAGAUAAGGAUAGAGUAUGUCUCCUUGCAGAUUGAAGCGGUCUGCAAUGCGUUCCGUUGUUGUGUGCACGUGGCUCCUGCUGGCGUGGACCGUGGUUACUGAGGUGGACGGCCAUGGCUACAUGCUGGUUCCCCCUGGUCGGUCUUCAGCCUGGAGAGUCAGCUUGGACUACUUCCACGUCAACUACAACGACAACGCUAACUACUGCGGUGGCCGUUCUACACAGCACGACAUCAACAACGGCAGUUGCGGACUCUGCGGAGACGACUUCAGGACUUCCCGCCCACGUGACAACGAAAGGGGCGGGUUCUAUUCUACCGGCAACAUCGUCGCGCAAUACGCCAGCGGCGGCGUGCUGGACGUGGCGGUCGUCAUAACUGCCAACCACAUGGGAAAGUUCUACUUCGCCAUCUUCCCUUCCAAUGACCCAAGCGAGUGGGAAGAGGAGUCCUUGUUUCAGCCGCUGUACAAUGCGGACACCGGGACGACGUACUAUGACGUUCCUGACAACACAGCGCGGACCUUCAGCGUUAAGUUGAAGAUACCAGACGACAUGGUGUGCAGUCACUGCGUGCUUCGCUGGAAAUACGUGGCAGCCAACAGCUGGGGCUGCAACUCCCCCGACGACUGUUGUCUGGGAUGCGGCAAUCAACAGGAACAGUUUUACUCCUGCGCUGACGUCAUCAUAACAAGGUCGGGAACAGAUGCUAUUCCACAAUGGAUUGCACCGAAUAAAGACUCUACCGGCACACCCAGAACUGCGGCAACUACAACACCUUCCCCAACCGUUCCUAUCGCACCUGAACCUACAACCACUACUCCUAAACCUACAACCACUACCCCUAAACCUACAACCACAACCCGAAGACCUAUCACCACUACCCGAAGACCUACAACCACUACCCGAAGACCUACGACCACUACCCGAAGACCUACGACCACUACUCGAAGACCUACAACCACAACCCCUGAUCCUAUUCCAAGGACCACCACUGCGAAAUCUACUACCACGUCAACGACAACCAGAGCCCCCGCUAAUCCGACCAGAGGCCCCGCUAAUCCGACCAGAGCCCCCGCUAAUCCGACACAGACAAAUAAGCUGCCAUUGGCCUGUACUAUAUAUUGUUUUGCUGUCUGUAAACCCGGAAAUACAUCCACAUUCUGCUAUAAAGAGCUUUGUGAAAAGUGUCCUGGAUAUAAAAACAUGUUUAAUAAAUGAUAUACUUGCUUU